AUGGUGACAACUCGUUUACAAAGUCAUCAAUUAUUUGCACAAGAAGCACAACGUUUAUCUCUUAUUGAUAUGGAACCUUCUGACACCUCACCUUCUUCUCAUUCCACUGUUUAUCGACCAUUAUUUACAUCGAAUAUGGAAGCACAAUUUAUGAGUACAUUAGCGAAAGAACAAGUGAAAACUUUAACUAAAUUUAGUGGUUCAGAAUCGGAAGAUGUUAUUCAUUGGCUUAAACAUAUUGAAGAAGUUUUUGAUCGUGCUCUAAUACAAUCGUCCAAUAAAUAUCUAGCAGUCCAAUCGUAUUUAACAGAUGCAGCACUUAAAUGGUUCCGUUUUAACAAGACAAACAUGCCGGAUUGGUCGUCAUUUAAAAUCGCUAUCGUUCAAGCUUACCAACCAUCAAUUCAUCAAGCUUUACUUAAAAUGGAACAACGAAUUCAACUACAUGGUGAAUCAGUCAUGGAAUAUUAUUAUGAUAAACUUAAUCUAUGUGUACAAGCAGACGCUAACAUGAGCUCGUCGAUGAUUAUCCAUUAUUUAACGAAAGGUUUGCACGAUUCAUUAAUCGCUCAUGUUAUUCGCAAACAUUCAGCAACACCCAAUGAAUUUCUUAAUAUUGCGCAAGACGAAGAAAAUUUUUUAUUAACAUGGAAAGGCUUAUCGUCUACUUCAAUAAAUGAACCUGAUCGUUAUCCAAAUGAAGAUAUUUACAUGGAUCAUAACGUAAAUGUUGUUAAACGUCCAAUUAAUAUACGAAAUCAAUCCUCUAAUUGGCAACAUAAUCAAUCACCUCCACAACCACUUAUGCAAGUACCAAUUAAUUCAUUUCCAUCGUCAUCUCGUCGUUCUUCUUUUCAACCUCGUCCUUCAUCAUUUGCUUCACCACAAUGUUACGAAUGUCAGCGAUUUGGACACAUUGCCAGAUAUUGUCCUAAUCGAAAAAACUUCUAA